UACUCCAAAUCCCAAUAAAUCCUUCUUCUUCAAAAAUCGUGCAGUAAUGGCGCCUUCACAUUCUCAGCAGUAAAUUCUGCUGCUGCUCCUCCAUUGCUGCAAAAACCUCUUUCUUCGACUCUUCAACUUCCCCUCCAUUUUCCGGAGCUCAAUGAGGAAGAAGCGCCGAGUUCCGGAGGUUCUAUGGCGGCUCUUCCGGCAUCGUGCACGUACGCUUGCCGAAACCAUUGUGUCAUUACUUCCCUCUGCUUCGUCCUCACCGGCCGAGUGCCGCUGCGACGGGCGGCGAUGUCUGCGCUGCUGCGGUGGCGACGCCGAGGGCUUUCUUCUCAGACCGGAUGAUCCCCAUGAUUAUCGGGUGCUUCUGACUCAGUGUUACAUUGUCGUCUCUGAGAAGGCCCCUCCGCACUCUGAUUUCUCGGCUGGAUCGCACUGGUCGCAGCAUGAGAUUGUGGUGAGGACUAUCGAACUCAUAAUCUGUACACAGCCGGCCGAUAGCAAUGUAAUUUGCAGUGGUUUUGAUAAGUGUAUCAAGUCAAGUCCAAUUGUUGAUAUUCUAAGUUGUCCAGCUUGGGAUCUUCUCUUAAGCAGGGUGAGGGAUGAUUUGAUGUUCUACCUGCUAAUGCACACUUCAAUAUUCUUACCUUUAUCACAGAAGAGUCACCAUCAGGUGGCAGGGCUUCCCAUCAAUAAUUUGUGCAUUAAUUCAUCAAAAUAUUCAGCUGGUUCCCCAAACCAACAUAAUUUAUUUGGUAAACAUGGACUGCAGAAGAAGAGGAGGAAAGGAGCUGAUAUUGCUAAUCCAAUCAUGGAUGGUGGUCAACCUAGUGGUUCCUUCAGUAGUUCCUGUCCCCCCUUUCAUACUGGAUAUUUUUCUGGGUGCAAAAGGAGUUAUAUGCAAUCAUCAUGCUGGCAUCAAGAGGAUAAACACUACCAACUUGGUUCAUCAAACACAAUUAGUCAAUCAAUCAGCGCUCCUACUCCUACUCUUGAAAGGAAUUCAAAUGGGAAAUUAGAAAAGUCAAUUAAGUUUGUUACAGAACUUGGAAAGCGUUCAAGGCCAUUUAGAUGGCAACGGGAAAGAAAGCGUAGGCUGUUAGACCCUGGCAAUAGUUGUAAUUUAAUCCCUUGCACGUCAAUUUGUUCUGGUAAGAAUACCUUACAUGGGAAGUCUCCAAGUCAGUUGAGUGCCCAGUCAUGCCAUUCCCACAAGUGCAUUGGUUCUUUAUUGUUGCAACCUCGAAAGAAUAUUGCAGAAGAGGUUUAUAUUAACAGGAAAUCCAUGUUUUACAACCUGGACUGUUCUCCAUCAAUUCUUCGGAGAGGAAAUGUACUUCGUUCCUUGAAGCCAAACCAUGCUGGUUCAGAGAGUCUUGCUAGACAUAUCUUUGGCUCGUAUGAUGCAAUUGGAAAUACUCCUUCCGCAUUAUUCUUCUGCAACAGUGGCACCUGUCCAUUUGGAUUGAACUGCCUAUAUCAUUCACUUAUCAAAUUGCUCAAGGUUCUUAUACGUAGAAGCCGUAAUUGUCAAUAUGUUAGAUUGAUGGAUAAACACUGUGGUGUCGCAUCAUUAGACCAAAUACCUGUUGGAAAUUCAAGCUCCAUGUUUGAGUGUCAUGGAAGUGAGUUGGAUAUAGAAGUUGGUGAAGAUGCCUGUGGUUUUGAUAUCAAACAAAUCAAGAAUUCUCUAGAACCAAUUGAUCCUCAAUUUGCAGCAAAGUUCUAUUGCCCUAAAAGUCAGGUGGUCUCGUUCAUAUGGGCUGUUUGUCGGAGUAUAGUUCCUGCAGAUUUGCUGGGUACCUGUUCUAAUUGGAGGAUAUUGAGGAGAAAUAUUUCCAAGUUUAUCAAAUUACGAAGAUUUGAAAAUUUUUCCUUGAAGCAAGCUAUGCAUAAAUUGAAAACCUCAAGGUUUCCAUUUCUAUCAAAUAAACUUUCUUUAUGUUGCCAGAAUGAUGAGGUGUCUAACUCUAUGGGGACGAAGGUCAUGCACGAGGGAUACAGUAUGCAAAAGGAAGCAGUAUGCAUAAUGAAACACAAUCUAAUGGAAAGGUGGAUUUAUUGGUUCUUUUCACAUUUGGUUGUACCAUUGAUACAAGCUCACUUCUACGUUACUGAAACUGAGUUCGGGAAACAAGAUGUUUAUUUUUUUCGGAAGUCAAUUUGGGAGAAGUUUACAAAGAGCACCAUCACUAAUAACUUUAAUGAUAAAGGUUAUCGUAACUUGAAUGACUCAGCUGUCAGAAAUAUUCUGGCAAGUAGAUCAUUUGGUUUCUCAAAACUUAGGCUGUGCCCUAAAGAAAAUGGAGUAAGGAUUCUGGCAAAUCUCAAGGCAUAUUCAAGAAUGCCAACAGAAGAGUUCUAUUGCAAAGAUGGUCAAUCUCGUGGAGUGCGUGUAAGGAAAAAGCUUCACAAGUUUGAUUACUACAAGCCUGUGAAUUAUGUUCUCCGGGAUACACACGCUGUUCUGAAAGGUAUUAAAUUAAAAGAAUCAGAGCUAUUGGGAUCAUCGGUAUUUGAUUACGGUGAUGUCUAUCGAAAGUUACGGACAUUUUUACUUGGUCUGAAGAAGGCUAAGGCUUCCAUGCCCGACUUAUUCCUUGUUGUUUCUGAUGUAUCAAAUGCAUUUGAUUCUGUUGAUCAAGAUAAGCUGCUUGAUGUGAUGAAAAACGUUAUUGUGAAAGAUGAGUAUCAUCUUAAACAAUCCUAUCAGAUGCUAUGCACAACAAAGACUUCGUGGGUUCAUGAGAAUGUAAUGUUGACUGAUCCAAAUAUCAGCCCAAGAUGUGCUUCUCCACAAUUUCAUUCCUUGCACUGUGUCAAUGUUAAUCAGGAAUUGAGCAGAUCCGUACAAAAGAAAAAGCUCUUUUCUACCUUAUAUGAGCAUGUGAAGCGGAAUGUUAUGCAAUUUGAUAAGAAGUUUUACUUACAAGGAUCAGGGAUUCCUCAAGGAAGUGUUUUGUCAUCUUUGCUUUGCUCAUUAUACUUUGGAGAUCUGGAGAGGAAGGUGAUUUUUCCAUUUCUUGGAAGAGUUAUUGAAUCUAGGACUAAUGAUUUAUCUGUGAGACAAGAUUGUCUCGACAUUUCUGUUUCCCGGAGUAGCAACGAGGGUAAAAUUAUAUCCAAUCCUGGUUAUAUGCUGCUUAGAUUUAUUGAUGAUUUCCUUUUCAUAUCAACCUCCAAGCAGCUGGCUACACACUUCCUAUCCAGACUUCAGAGAGGAUUCCGGGAAUAUAACUGCUACAUGAAUGAAAGAAAGUUCGGCCUGAACUUUGAUGUAGGAAAUACAUCAGGACUUGUCUCCAAAAGAGUUUAUGUUUGCAAAGAUGGCAUUUCAUUUCUUCGAUGGAGCGGUUUGCUCAUCAACUGUCACUCUCUUGAAAUUCGGGCAGACUACACAAAGUUUUUGAAUAAGCACUUAAAUUCAAGCCUGACUGUUUGCUGGCAAGGGAAACCUGGUCAUCAUCUAAAGGCAAAGCUGUGUGACUUUUUAAGGCCUAAAUGCCAUCCGAUCUUCUUUGAUUUGAAUAUCAAUACUCCUGCUGUUGUCAGAUUAAACAUUUUUCAAUCUUUUCUGUUAUGUGCAAUGAAGUUCCAUUGCUACAUUUGCCAUUUAUCAUACAUGUGCAAACUUCGAGGAGAUUUUCUCUUAAACAUAAUUCUCAGAUCUCUAAGGUACAUGGAUGUGCUCAUAAAGAAUAGGAUGUCUUCUAUUCAACUCGAAUCGCUUCCACGUCCACGUCUACACCUCGAGAACGGAGAGGUCGAAUGGCUAGGACUAAAUGCUUAUAUUCAAGUACUGACAAGGAAACAGGCACGACAUUCUCGGUUACUGUCAUUAUUGAAGUCCAAGUUAUUUGCACACCGGUUGGUGGGGCGUGUCUCUUCAGAUCUGAUAUAUGCAGUUGAUAGCUCACAUUCAUCCUUACUGUGGCAAAUAAAAUACUAGUUUCUUAAUGGUAAGUAUUUUGUAGUUUUGAAACUUUACCUUAUUUACAUUUGUUUAUACAUUUUGACAAAUAUGAAGUGGAAAAUGAUUAUACUAUUGAAAUCUCCUU